GGCGAACAGCCCACGAAUCAGCCUCCACUAACCUCCUGCAACCGAACUACCAGCUCGAAAGAGCAAUUUCCAGCCCACGGUGACGUGGGUUGGGCCCGCACGCAAACGAUGUCCAACCACUUCAGUCACACCCAAACCAGCCCCAUUUGCCCCCGCGUCGAGGGGCCUGAGGAGCUGGUUUGGGUACAAGUUCCCAAGCGCGUUGCCGCUACAAUGGCGACCUUCUCGCCAUCCCCCCGUCUGAGCCCUACCAGUGACCCCUACAGCAGCGCCAGUUCCCCAAGCAGUCAGAGUCCCAACUGCCCUUCGCUCGAUGGGCUGAGCUCGCCAACUAGCUGGCCAGCCACGCCGUGGACCGGCUCGCCGACUUGUUCGUCCCUACCUUACGCUGCCCAUCUCGCAGCAGCCGGAGCGCCGGUCGACGGGCCAGUCGAUUUAAUUUUGGAUGACUUCGACGUCGACGCAGCGCUCCAACUGGAUGCCUACAUCCGGGGCAUCGACCGGUCCACGGUGACGCCCCCGCCCGACAGCACUGCAAUCGUGGACGCCUCUGCCGCCGGCGCUUAUGUGGAUACCGACCGGUUGUCAGAACUCAACUUUGAAUACCUUCUCAACCUUUCGGGCCCCUUUACCCCGCCAAACACGACAAGCGCCGCGAGCCCCGUCUACGGCACGCUGGGCUUCAACGAGAGCAUCACCCCUCCGCGUGAGCUGUUGACCCCAGACUCGUUGCCUGCGACAGGCACAACCAGCCCCGCCCUCCUCUACUGCCCCGUUGCCUCGUGUGGAAAGUAUUUUUCCAACACAUCUGCUCUCAGGAGACACGAGCGAACCCAUCGCGACGACUACCGCUGCCCAGUCGCGCACUGCGGCAAGGGCCACGCCGACCAGCGCCACCUGAACCGCCACCUCUGGGCCAAGCACCGCGAGUAUGCGGCGCGCCACCGCGUCCCCUCCGAGAACGCCCGUUGCCAGUUCUGCGACUAUAUGGGGCGUGGGGAUAAUCUCAAGAGGCAUAUGGCUAGGCAUGUUCGGUAACGUGGGUUAGGGCCGGGGUGGGACGGGGAAAGGGGGUAUCUAAGCUAAAGGGGGAGUGGUGAGAGGGCUCUGAUGGGGACACACUCCCGCGACUUUUUGACGAUUUUGUCUCAUGUCUAAUUAUCUGUCUGGACAUUUGGCUUGGUACGGCGUUUUGGAUACCACUUUUGCAGCGGCCUUGUUAGCUAGCUGUUUUGGUUUCAGCUCAAAAGUAAAUUUGUCUUGAGUUAGCAUAGAAUUAACCACUCAAAAUUAUCUUUUGGCGUUCCCACC